AUGGCCUUUGCGGAGAUUCAGGAGCCUGGACUUCCGCAGGAGAUCUCGGUGAUAUUCGCUUUUUGUGCUGGACGCGGAGGGAGGUGUGGCCUAGCAUAUGUGGAUCUGGACGAGACGGAACGUGUGCUUUGGGCUGCCGACGUGUUGGACCCUGAAUUCACGGAGAUCCUCAGGCUGAAAGAGCGACUUCUUUGCCAGUCUGAUGAUGGCCGUGGGCCUGGGCGAGAAGAUGGGCAGCAGAGUUCACACCUCGUCGUUCGCUCGGGCCUGUGUGUUGUCCCAUCGCGCUCACCUCCACAGCUCCUCCAGUGCGCCCUAAGCCCUGUGGAAGAGUCUGGCGACAGCUUCCCCACAGCCACGCAGAAGGCAGGAGACUUUGAUGUGGAGGCCUCCAAGCUCCGUUUGGUGACCCUCUUCCAAGCAUUGCAAAGCAUGUCGAAAUCGAAGACAUCCACGUCGACGACCGCAGAUGCAUCAACGACUGCGUCGGAUGUGUGGGUCCCUGGACAGACGACGCCCUUGGCGACACUGGACCUUGGAAAUGAACAGUUGGUGCGGGCUGCUGGAGGUCUACUGAGGUUCUUAGAGCAAAACCGCAAGCUCCUCGGCCAGAUUGAAGGCCAAUGGCAGCCAUGUGUACAAGAUGUGAAGCUCUUCGCGCCUGAAGACUCCGCAUUCGUGGACGUGCAGACGCUAAUGGCCUUGCAAGUCGUCCAGGAGCACCGUCAGUCGCUGAUGCGCUUGGGCAAGCCUCGCGAGGGCCUGUCCCUCCUUGGCCUCUUGGAGCCCUUCGUCUCUUCGACAUCCGGGAGGAUCAUGCUGCGACGCUGGCUGCACCAGCCAAGUCGGAAUGUCGAGCUGCUGAAGGCCCGCCACGAUGCGGUGGAGUCCGUCCUGGGCCUCCUGCGCGGCAGCAGCGCCGAGCUCGUGAGGCAACUGCACCGAGAGCUGAAGGAGGUGCAAGACGUGCCAGCAAUCCUCUCACGCUUGUACCGCUGCUACCAUUUCGACAAUGUCGGUGACUGGCGGGCGUUGGCUGCGACGCUGAGCCACAUGUCGACGUGUCUGGAGUUGAUCACGCAGGCAUCGAAGCUGGGAUCUCGAGGCUUGUUCUUCUCGGUGCAAGGCGACGGAUUGGCGGAGGAUGUGCAGGCAGCCGAAAGCCUCUUGCAGCGAGUCGUGGACUGGGACGGGCAUUUUACAGAAGGCCACUUUGAUGGAAGCCUGGUCCAUGUCCAGCGUGGAGUCGAUCGGCGGCUCGAUGGGCUGAGACAGCAGUACCUCAAUAUCGAAAGCCAUCUGAGUGACAUCGCCAGCCUCGAAAAGAAGCGGCUACUGCGGCCACUCAGUCAAGGCCGCAGCUCGCUUCAGCGUGCUGUGGACUCUGUUCUGUUUCACUACUUCCCGCAGCUGGGCUUUCAUGCUUCCCUUCCCAACCCGAUGGCAUCCAGCGGGGAAGUGGAUGCCGACGCCAUGGAUUUCCUAAAGCGCAAGGGUUGCAUUCCCCUCCCGGCGGAGGACUGGAGCUAUCAGUUUGCAGGUGGGCCAAGGCUCUUCUACAAGUGUGACAUGGCUCGGCGCUUGGACACUGAGAUUGGUGACCUGGUGCUUCAAGCUCGGGACGUGGAGCUGCAGAUCUUAGGGGAGGUGUUGGAACGAAUACGUCGCCUCGAAGGCCGCUUGCGAAAGGCGGCGCAGCUUUUGGCCGAGGUGGAUGUCAUCCAGGCCUUCAGCUCUGCGGCGCUGCAAUACAAGUGGAAUCGGCCAAAGUUCAGCGCAAAGCCUGGUCUCUUGCACAUCGUGAGGGGACGGCACCCGCUGGUGGAGGCGAUGAUGACUGCCCACCAUGGUUUUGUCCCGAACAGUACAGAGAUUGGCCUUGAAGACCGCGAAUACCGUGUGCAAGUGGUGACCGGUGCAAACUUGGCCGGGAAAUCAGUGUAUUUGAAGCAGGUUGGGCUGAUCACAUACAUGGCGCACACAGGCUCUUUUGUCCCAGCAGAUGAGGCUGAGUUGGGCCUGUGUGACUUCAUCUUCUCUCGCAUACAGAGUUGUGACAGCGCCACUCGCAACUGCUCAACGUUUACUCUGGACUUGUGCCAGCUCUCUUUGGCCCUGAAGCAUGCCACCGCAUCUUCACUCAUUUUGAUCGAUGAGUUUGGCAAGGGAACUCGUGCGGUGGAUGGUGUGGCACUCCUUGGUGCCACGGUGGAGUAUUUCUGCCGGUGGGCGAAUGGCCCGAAAGUGCUGAUCACGACUCAUUUCACCGAGAUCUUUCGCAUGAACCUGGUCUCGCAGAGUGAGCCGUUCCUGCAAGUUAGCCACUUACGAAUAUUGCCUCCUGACGACUCUGAAGGAACAUCCCAAAUCCUGCCAGACACAGCUUCAGUGGGCUCAAUCGCCUACUUAUACCAAAUGGCAACAGGGUGUUCAGAAAAGAGCUUCGGUCUCGAAUGCGCUGCGCAAGCCGGCUUGGACUCAUCUGUCAUCAGCCGUGCAGCAAACAUCCUUGCCAUGCUGGAGAGCGGCAAUCCUGAACCAGAAGCCCAAGCUACUCCAGGACCAAAGCUGACUGAGCAGCAACAGGCGGUGUGUCAGAUGAUUGUCGAUCGUCUUUGCGCUCUUGAUCUUGACACAGACGACGAGGAUGCAUCAAAAGCGCUGCUGGCAUUUGUCGCGUCGAAGGCAGAUGAGAUUUCGUUUGGCGAAUGCACCACCUAA